CGUCAUCAUUGCCAGAUUUAAAAAGUUGUCUGUUCGCGAAGUUGAAUGUUUUUUCGUCUGCGGACGAUUGUCAAAAGUUUGAAUAUUCUUCUAUGUCUAACAUAACCUCAAAAUCGCCGCCGCAGUCGUCGUCGUCGUCAUCAUCAGCAGCGUUGUUGGUGGUUCCUGGUGCUCCCCCGGCCGCCACUCAACCGACACCGCAUCUGGGACAUCGGGAGCAGCCAAUGAUCAGCAGCAGCCAUGAAUGAAAAAAUAAAAUCGCCGCAAACGCAGCAGCAGCAGGGAGGCGCUGCUGGCGGAGCCCCCGCCCCAGCGGCCACGCCCCCAACGGCUGGAGCAGCUCCAGGCGGUGGAGCGGGUAACACGCCGCCCACCUCUGGUCCGCCCACGCCCAAUAAUAACAGCAACAAUGGCGGUGACCCAAACAUCCAGCAGCAACAGCAGCAGCAGCAGAAUGUUGCCCCACACCCGUACGGCGGACCACCGCCACCUGGCUCGGGACCAGGUGCUCCACCUGGACCGGAUCCGGCGGCGGUCAUGCAUUACCAUCACCUGCACCAGCAGCAACAGCAUCCGCCACCGCCUCACAUGCAACAACAGCACCACGGUGGACCGGCACCACCGCCGCCAGGAGGAGCACCUGAGCAUGCGCCCGGCGUCAAGGAGGAGUACGCCCACCUGCCACCGCCUCCGCACCCGCAUCCGGCGUAUGGUCGCUACCACGCCGAUCCUAACAUGGACCCCUAUCGUUACGGCCAGCCUUUGCCAGGUGGGAAGCCCCAGCAGCAGCCCCAUCCGCAACAGCAGCAGCCGCCGCCACCGCAACAGCAACAACAGCAGCCAGGACCAGGUGGCUCUCCGAAUCGUCCGCCUCAGCAGCAGCGCUAUAUUCCCGGUCAGCCGCCACAGGGACCGACUCCCACGCUAAAUUCACUGCUGCAGUCCUCGAAUCCGCCGCCACCGCCGCAGCACCGGUACGCCAACAGCUAUGAUCCGCAGCAGGCUGCCGCUUCAGCGGCUCAGCAGCAGGCAGGCGGCCCACCGCCUCCUCCGCCAGGACACGGACCGCCGCCACCACAGCAUCAACCAUCACCGUACGGGGCGCAACAGGGAGGAUGGGCUCCGCCACCGCGUCCCUACAGUCCACAGCUGGGACCGUCGCAGCAGUAUAGGACACCACCACCGACAAACACUUCCAGGGGUCAGUCACCCUAUCCGCCGGCUCACGGUCAAAAUUCAGGUUCCUAUCCUAGUUCGCCGCAGCAGCAACAACAGCAGCAGCAACAACAGCAGGCGGGACAGCCCGGUGGUCCUGUUCCCGGCGGACCUCCACCAGGCGCCGGGCAGCAGCAGCAGCAGCCACCGCAGCAAAAUACACCGCCAACAUCUCAAUAUUCGCCGUACCCGCAACGCUAUCCGACACCGCCGGGUCUGCCGGCAAGUGGACCCAAUCAUCGAACUGCCUAUUCAACGCACCAGUAUCCCGAACCUAAUCGGCCUUGGCCAGGCGGCUCAUCGCAGCCCGGACCCGGACAUCCCUUGCCGCCCGCCUCACCGCACCACGUGCAGCCGUUGCAGCAGCAACAGCAGCCACCACCGCCGCCCCAUGUCACCGCGGGUGGACCGCCGCCCAGUAGUAGUCCGGGGCAUGCUCCGAGUCCAUCGCCGCAGCCAUCGCAGGCAUCGCCCUCGCCGCAUCAGGAGCUAAUUGGACAGAAUAGUAACGACAGCUCCAGUGGCGGGGCGCAUAGUGGUAUGGGCUCUGGUCCGCCCGGCACACCCAAUCCCCAACAGGUGAUGCGACCCACACCCUCGCCCACCGGUUCCUCCGGUUCACGUUCCAUGUCCCCGGCAGUGGCCCAAAACCAUCCAAUCUCGCGUCCGGCGAGCAACCAGUCAAGCAGCGGCGUACCCAUGCAACAGCCACCAGUGGGAGCGAUAGGUGGACCACCACCGAUGCCCCCGCAUCCCGGCAUGCCAGGCGGCCCGCCCCAGCAGCAGCAGCAAUCUCAGCAGCAACAACAACAGGCCUCGAAUUCGGCUUCGUCGGCAAGCAAUUCGCCGCAACAGACGCCGCCACCGGGACCGCCGCCGCCCAAUCAACAGGGCAUCAAUAACAUGGCAACGCCACCGCCACCGCCGCAGGGAGCGGCGGGAGGAGGCUACCCAAUGCCGCCCCACAUGCACGGCGGCUACAAGAUGGGUGGACCGGGCCAGAGUCCUGGUGGUCAGAGCUAUCCGCCGCAACAGCCACAGCAAUAUGCACCAGGUAACUACCCGCCACGCCCACAAUAUCCGCCUGGCGCGUACGCCACAGGCCCACCACCACCUCCAACAAGCCAACAAGCAGGAGCCGGAGGAGCCAACAGCAUGCCCUCGGGCGCACAGGCUGGUGGCUAUCCUGGUCGGGGCAUGCCCAACCACAGUGGCCAAUAUCCGCCGUAUCAGUGGGUACCCCCCUCGCCGCAGCAAGGCGUGCCGGGCGGAGGUGCUCCAGGUGGUGGUGCAAUGGUCGGAAAUCAUGUCCAGGGCAAGGGCACACCGCCACCGCCAUCAGUUGUGGGUGGUCAGCCACCUCCGCCUCAAGGAAGCGGAUCCCCGCGGCCUCUUACCUAUCUGAAGCAGCAUUUACAGCACAAGGGCGGCUACGGAGGAAGUCCAACACCGCCACAAGGCCCACAAGGCUACGGUAACGGGCCGACCGGUAUGCAUCCGGGCAUGCCGAUGGGUCCACCCCAUCACAUGGGACCGCCACACGGACCCACUAACAUGGGUCCGCCCACUACCACGCCACCUCAGGCGCAGAUUCUCCAGGGUGGCCAACCUCCGGGACAGGGACAAGCUCCUGGACCGGAAAGUGGCGGUGGUCCGGAGCAUAUUUCGCAGGAUAACGGCAUAAGUUCGUCGGGGCCGACGGGUGGUGCGGCGGGAAUGCAUGCUGUUACCGCAGUAGUCACCACUGGACCGGAUGGUACGCCUAUGGACGAAGUCAGUCAGCAGAGCACACUAUCGAAUGCUUCGGCGGCAUCCGGCGAAGAUCCACAAUGCACCACACCAAAGUCGCGCAAAAAUGAUCCCUAUGGCCAAAGUCAUCUAGCUCCGCCUAGCACAUCGCCGCAUCCAGUUGUGAUGCAUCCAGGUGGCGGCGGUGGUCCUGGAGAGGAGUACGACAUGAGUUCACCUCCCAAUUGGCCGCGUCCGACUGGUAGCCCGCAGGUGUUCAACCAUGUACCCCAGGUGCCCCAAGAGCCCUUCCGUAGCACCAUUACCACGACCAAGAAAUCGGACUCGCUGUGCAAGCUAUACGAGAUGGAUGAUAAUCCGGAUAGGCGCGGAUGGCUGGACAAGCUCCGGUCGUUCAUGGAGGAGCGGCGAACACCGAUUACCGCCUGCCCAACCAUCUCAAAACAGCCACUCGAUUUAUAUAGGUUAUAUAUUUAUGUAAAAGAACGUGGCGGAUUCGUCGAGGUGACCAAGAGCAAGACCUGGAAGGAUAUUGCUGGACUCUUGGGCAUCGGUGCAAGCAGUAGUGCCGCUUAUACGCUGCGGAAGCACUACACCAAAAACCUCCUGACCUUCGAGUGUCACUUUGAUCGCGGCGAUAUUGAUCCGUUGCCGAUCAUCCAGCAGGUGGAAGCUGGCAGCAAAAAGAAGACGGCCAAGGCAGCGUCAGUUCCAUCGCCAGGUUCGUCAAAUUCACAGGACUCGUUCCCAGCACCUCCAGGCUCCGCUCCAAAUGCCGCAAUCGAUGGUUAUCCCGGCUAUCCAGGCGGAAGUCCGUAUCCGGGAGCUAGCGGGCCGCAGCCGGAUUAUGCCACAUCGGGACAAAUGCAGCGCCCACCCUCCCAGAAUAACCCGCAGCAGACUCCUCAUCCCGGCGCCGCUGCCGCUGUCGCAGCCGCUGUUGCCGCCGGCGAUAAUAUAAGCGUAAGCAAUCCCUUUGAGGAUCCCGUUGCUGGCGGUGGUCAACCGGGCUCGGUAACUGGUCCCGGUUCUGGUCCUGGUCCCGGUGCUGGAACUGCUGCUGCUGUGGUCGGUGGUGGCCCCCAAAUAAUACCGCCACCACCACCCCAUUCACCGCACACGGCAGGCCAACAACAACAACAACAGCAGCAUCCCCAUUCGCAGCACCUGGCGCCGCCGCCACCACAGCAGCAACAGCAACCACAGGGGCCGCAGCCACCGCCAGCACCACAGCAACAUGGGCCUGGUCCGGUACCACCGUCCUCGCCGCAGCAGCAGCAGCAGCAGCAGCAUGUGCGACCAAACGCCGCCGGAGCACCUUAUCCGCCGGGUGGCUCUGGUUACCCAACGCCUGUUGUGUCUAGAACGCCAGGCUCACCCUAUCCAUCACAGCCGGGAGCUUACGGCCAGUACGGCUCGAGCGAUCAGUACAAUGCCAGUGGGCCGCCAGGACAGCCAUUUGGACAGGGUCCAGGACAAUAUCCGCCGCCGCAGAACCGCAGCAUGUACCCUCCCUAUGGGCCGGAGGGGGAAGCUCCUCCAACUGGUGCCAAUCAGUACGGUCCUUAUGGUAAUCGACCCUACAGUCAGCCUCCGCCGGGAGCACCUCAGCCACCGGCGCAAACGGUGGCGGGUGGUCCGCCCACGAGCGGAGCUCCAGGAGCGCCACCCAGCAGCGCCUAUCCAACGGGCAGGCCGGCUCAGCAGGACUAUUACCAACCGCCACCAGAUCAAAGUCCACAGCCACGACGGCAUCCCGAUUUCAUCAAAGACUCGCCGCAGCCUUAUCCAGGCUACAAUGCUAGGCCUCAGAUUUAUGGUGCUUGGCAAGGCGGUAACCAGCAGUAUCGGCCUCAAUACCCGACCUCACCUGCACCUCCACAGAGCUGGGGAAAUGCUCCUCCGCGCGGAGCAGCUCCUCCGCCGGGUGCACCUCAUGGCCCUCCCCUUCAGCCACCGGCGGGUGUGGCGCAAUGGGAUCAGCAUCGUUAUCCACCACAGCAGGGUCCGCCGCCACCACCGCAGCAACAGCAACAACAGCAGCAGCAACAACAACAACAGCAGCAGCAACAGCCGCCUUACCAGCAGGUGGCUGGUCCUCCUGGACAACCCCAGCCACAGGCGCCACCACAGUGGGCACAGAUGAAUGCAGGACAGGCUCCGCAACCUGGUAUUGCUCCACCCGGCUCUCCACUGCGCCCGCCCUCCGGUCCCGGACAGCCGCAACAACGAAUGCCCGGAAUGCCUCCACAACAGCAGCAAGCACAGCAACAGCAGCAGCCUCCGGUCGGUGGGGCUCAACAGCCACCGCCACCACAGCAGGCAAGCCACGUCGGGGUUCCAUCGCCAGGCAUGCCCCAAGUGGGUCCCGGUGGAAUGGUGAAGCAACCUUAUGCCAUGCCACCACCGCCAUCCCAGGUGGUAGGCGGUCAGCAAGUGGGCCAGCAGGUUCCACCCAGCGGAAUGAUGGUGCCCCAGAAGCAGCCCCCGAUGAUGCCAGGCCAGGGAAUGCAGCAGCAGCCGUUGCAGCAACACCCCCAGCAGCCGCCGCAUCAACACCACCAGCAUCCUCAUCAGCACCCACAUCCGCAUCCUCAUCAGCACCCGCAGCAUCCGCACCAGAUGCCGCCCAAUCAGCAGGCACCCGGCGGAGGCUACGGCCCGCAGGGACCACCCGGCAGUGGAGCCGCCCAGUUGGUAAAGAAGGAACUGAUCUUUCCGCACGACAGCGUCGAGUCCACCACGCCAGUGCUGUAUCGAAGAAAGCGACUAACGAAGGCGGACGUGUGCCCGGUGGAUCCGUGGCGGAUAUUCAUGGCCAUGCGAUCCGGUCUGCUUACAGAGUGCACCUGGGCCCUGGAUGUGCUCAAUGUCCUCCUGUUCGACGACUCGACGGUGCAGUUCUUUGGCAUCUCGAACCUUCCCGGUCUGCUGACUCUGCUGCUGGAGCAUUUCCAGAAGAAUCUCGCCGAAAUGUUCGACGAACGGGAUUGCGAUGAGUUGCCAUCUUCCUCGCAGCUUGGCGAGGAUGCGGCGGCGGAUGACGACGCGGACAGCGGCACCGUGAUGUGCGAUAAACAGCGACGAACCAGCGGACACCGACAGUCACGAUGUGUGCGGAGCAUCAGCAGCUACAAUCGACGCCGUCACUAUGAGAACAUGGAUCGAGGUGGCAAAGGUAGCGACUCGGAAGAGGAUGCCGACGAGGGCAUCGAUCUGGGCCAAGUACGUGUGCAGCCCAAUCCGGAGGAGCGUUCACUGCUGCUCUCGUUCACACCCAACUACACGAUGGUCACGCGAAAGGGUGUGCCUGUACGGAUCCAAACGGCCGACCACGACAUCUUCGUGGACGAGCGCCAGAAGGCGUGGGACAUUGACACCAAUCGCCUGUACGAACAGCUAGAGCCCGUGGGCAGCGAUGCAUGGACCUACGGAUUCACUGAACCGGACCCCCUCGACGGCAUUAUCGAUGUCUUUAAGUCGGAGAUUGUAAACAUUCCAUUUGCACGCUACGUCCGCUCUGAAAAGAAAUCAUCGGCGAAAUCGUUGGCCAAGAAGACGGAGAUCAAGCAGGAGCCUAUUAGCGCCGAGGAACAACAGCAGCCGCAGUCGACGUUAAACAAGAAGAGGCGGCUGGUGAGUGGCGACAACAGCAAUAGCAGCAGCUGCGGAGCUACCGCUGAGAGCAAGAAAUCCAAGCUAUCGGGCGAGGAUGAGUUCGCGCAACCCUCCAGCGCUGAGGUGAAGAAGGAACCGGGCAACGACAGUGACUGUCGGGCCAUCGACAUGGAAAUCGAAUCACCGCAGCACCAACAGCAAGCGCAACGUUUAACCAACGGCGUUGCAUCCUCGUCCACCUCCUCCUCUUCCACCUCACCACCGGGCGUCGGUUUCGAUCCCCGAAAGACUGUUAAGGACGCCGCCCAAGUGCUGCAGAGGAGACGUGACUCCACCUACGAGGACGAGUGCUAUACACGCGACGAGGCGUCGCUGCAUUUGGUCAACGAGAGCCAGGAUUCCCUUGCGCGCCGUUGCAUUGCCCUAUCUAACAUCUUCCGCAAUCUGACAUUCGUGCCCGGCAACGAAACGGUGCUGGCCAAGUCCACUCGCUUCUUGGCAGUGCUGGGGCGACUGCUACUCCUCAACCAUGACCACUUGCGGCGCACACCCAAAACAAGGAACUACGACCGCGAAGAGGAUACGGACUUCAGCGACUCAUGCAGCUCGUUGCAAGGAGAGCGUGAGUGGUGGUGGGACUAUCUGAUCACCAUCAGGGAAAAUAUGCUGGUGGCCAUGGCUAACAUAGCCGGACACUUGGAGCUGUCGCGCUACGAUGAGCUCAUUGCCCGCCCCCUGAUCGAUGGCCUGCUGCACUGGGCCGUGUGUCCCAGUGCCCACGGCCAGGAUCCGUUCCCGUCGUGCGGCCCCAACACGGCUCUCUCGCCGCAGCGCCUGGCGCUGGAGGCUCUCUGCAAGCUGUGCGUGACGGAUGCCAAUGUGGACCUGGUUAUUGCCACGCCACCGUUCUCGCGUCUGGAGAAGCUAUGCGCCGUGCUCACGCGGCAUUUGUGCCGCAACGAAGAUCAGGUGUUGCGCGAGUUCUCCGUUAAUCUGCUGCACUACCUGGCUGCCGCCGACAGUGCCAUGGCGCGCACUGUGGCGCUCCAGUCGCCGUGCAUCUCCUAUCUAGUGGCCUUCAUCGAGCAGGCCGAACAGACGGCACUUGGCGUCGCCAAUCAGCACGGCAUCAACUAUCUGCGUGAGAAUCCCGACUCGAUGGGCACCAGCCUGGACAUGCUGCGGCGGGCAGCCGGAACACUGCUCCAUUUGGCCAAGCAUCCAGACAACCGUUCGCUGUUUAUGCAGCAAGAGCAGAGGCUACUCGGCCUGGUCAUGUCGCACAUCCUCGACCAACAGGUGGCGCUGAUCAUAUCCCGGGUGCUGUACCAAGUGUCUCGCGGCACUGGGCCCAUUCACUCGGUCGAGUUUCGGCUGCUUCAGCAGCGCCAGCAACAGCAUCACCUGCAACAGCGACUGCAGCCUAGCGGAGCCGAGAAGACAGCGGCCGCUGCCGCUAGUGCGGCUGUGAAAUCGGAACCAGAAGCUCCGAUUGCGGAAGCGAGUUCCUCGGAAGCGGCGACUACUACGAAGCCUGUUUCUUCAGCACCUCCAACAUCAGCCACAACGGCCGUGGUGAACGACGAGAACAGCAACAGCAGCCAACAGCUGCCGCCGGCAGCCACCUUCAACGAUGUGAGCAACAGCAGCACCAACAGCAACAGCUGCGGCACAGUCAGCAGCAAUCAGACGAACAACAGCACCACUAACAGCAGCAGCCACAGUCACAGUCACAGCCACAGCAGUGCGACCAGCAGCCAAUCGGCCGUCGCAGGAGCAGCAGCUUCAUCCGUAUUGGCCAGUGAUCAGCAGCAGGUGAGCAAUAAGGUGGCCGCCGUGGCCGCUGCGGCUCUCAGCAACGCUAGUGCAGCGGCAGCAGCAGCAGCUGCUGCAGCGGCGGCGGCAGCGGCUUCUUCGGUUGCCCCGCCACCACCAUCACCGGCGAACACCGCUGCUGCAGCGGUGGCCCAGCCAGCGGCACCGCCACCAACUAAUGCAGGAACAACGACCGCCGUUGCGUAGUAUACGACAAUGAUGCCAGCGUCCUACUACUGGCCACGAACCCCCCGAGGGGCAGUCGACUGAUCUGGAGCUGUAGCUGCAGCUGAAGUUGGAUCUGAAGCUGGAGAUGGAGAAUCCUGGGAGCUUCGAGGUAGCCUCGAGGUAGCCUCGAGUCGAUGUAAUCAACGCUUGUAAAUUUACUUAACUGGCACCACAUGGAGAGGAGAGUCAUAAAGGAGGAGAAGAAAGUGGUAUCCAGGCUUCAAGGAUAGCGAAAGCGACUGUUGGGAUGGGAUGCAAGACGUCUAUACAAUAACAACUGUAUAUUUUUUCACACUCAAAUCUAAAAAUAGUAAAUACGAGGAACUAAACUAAACCCUAAACUAAACUAAACUAAGCAUUAAGCAAUUGCAUCAGCGAGCAACCACAAACAUACGAUAAAACUGAAGGGAGGAAGCUAGCUGUUCGGAAACGGAAAAAAAACUGACCGAACGAUCGAUCGGAUCGGAUCGGAUCGGUUAUUAUUGAUUAUAUAUAUUAUCGAGACACGGAACAUGCAUAACGAAGAAGAAGGGAUAAGCGAAAUUCAAGCACACAGCAUACUUAUUGUAUUAAAUUUAACAACUAAUUGAUGAUGGAGAAAGAUGGAGAACAAAGAGGAGGAGGAAUAAGUAACUAAAACAUACAUACAUAUAUGCAUAACGCACGCUAUGGUUUAUCGUAUAUUACAAAUAUAUAUAUAUAUAGGAAAUAAAUGCAUAAAUUAACAUUAACAUUACAUGAGAUGCAACAAUUGUGUAUGAUGAAUAGUUUUUAAAAGAAUUCUACCACUUACUAAUUAAUACCCUAUAUAUUACAACAACAACAAUGUGCGCAGCAGACAAAACUCAAACAGCAAGCAAAGGCAAACACAAGUAAAUCCCCAAUUCGAUCUACCUAUAUAUACUGAUUGUAAUUGCAAUUAAAUGCGCAGAUUUUACGCAGCAAGAGAGGAGUAAUAAUGAUGAGGAUGUUAAUGUCGAUGAAUGGAACAUUAAAACAAUAUUGUACAUACUUAACUAUUAUGUAAAUUUCCACUGUAUUUUUUUUUCGUUUAUACGCAAUGUUACAAGGCACACACAUGUAAGUGGCAGCACUGCAUUUCGUAUUUCGAAUUUUGUAUUUCAUGUAUGUCGUUUUGGGUUGGUUUUCGAAAAUUUGUCUUCGAUUUCGAGACGAAUUUUUGAACAAAAUCAAUGCAACACACAGACAAAAGAAAAGAAAACAAUUAACAAAUAAAAUCAAAUUAGG